GCUAUAUAGAAAAAUCGCGUUUAAUAUUGAUAGAUUUGUUUAGAUGCUUUUAAAACAGAUUUAAUUCCUUGCUUGUGGCAUUAACUUAUAAAUAAUGAAAUGCAUAGAUAACUCAACUAUUUGAUUAAAGCACUAAACGCAUAAUCUACGCCUUAACUUAUUUAGUGUGUUGACUUCAUUGGUUAUUUGACAAAGUAAGGAUAAUAAGCAAUUUUUUUAAAUAAAGAUCUGUUAGGUAAAAACAAAAAGAUUAUAAUUAUAAAACAUUUUUGUUUAGCUCUACUAGCCCAGUUAUUAAUAAGGAAGCAUCGAGGAUGCAACAGGAUAGUGCUAUAAUGUUGUUAUUGUUUAUUAGAAAUACUUUCAUAUCCGCUUUCGAAUAUCCAUCCUGGUUUUAUAAUAAUGGAUGGAAGGCAGAGAGCCGUCUGAUGGAGACAGGCGAGCGUUCACGAUCGCCCCAACUCGAUCCGGAAGCAGAUACUCCGGCCGAUUCCGACUACGAUUGUUACAGCGACACAAUGACACCAUGUUCACGAGAAUCCAGCACCGGGUCGGCGGGUCCUCCUUCUCUACCAGAUCAAGACGAUCGGGCGGAGGGCGAAGACGAACCCGGCGAACAGUGGACAGCCACGGCUUGCUUUUUGAUGUCCCCCGACCCCCAAAUUCCCCGUACCCUUUACAGCGGGACCCUGGACACUCCGUGGUUCUCUCCUUACGGUCUGACGCAGUUUCGUUCUCUCUCGCUCGGCCAACCGACUAUAGUUGCCACUCAGCCCGUACCUCUCCUGACAAGUACACGGAGGAGCAUCCGACGCCGAUAUUGCAGCAUCGAGGACGCCGAGCCUCUCCCCGUGGCUAGAAAAGUGGUUCGGAGGAUGUUUACUAACAGUCGCGAGCGAUGGAGACAACAAAACGUAAACGGUGCGUUUGCGGAAUUGAGGAGACUCGUACCCACGCACCCGGCCGAUAAGAAGCUGAGCAAGAACGAAAUACUUCGAUUGGCGAUUCGAUACAUCCGCCUGCUCACCACCAUCGUGGACUAUCAGAGGCAGCACGACCAGCAGCCAGAGGAGCCCGUCGUCCAGUCGACCGAUUCCUCUACAGGUGUGAAAAUCGAACCCGUCUACGACACGGGCCAAGACGACGUCAGCUCUCCGGCCUCCAGUCUCUCCAGUGUUUCCAGUAGCGAGGGACCGGAGGAUGGACUUUUCUGACACUUUGGUGUGUACGUGCGGAACUCAUAGGUAUGUGGACAUUCCUAUUUUCGUAGUAGUUGCGUGUCGUGUUCGUCUCAUCCUCAGCAAGUGCGCACAUUGUUCGGUCUUCAUUCGUUGACGUUCCUGUGUUAACAUUAAGAACGAUAUUUUUAUUUGUUUAUCGGUAAACAUUCAGAUGUACAAACUUAUACUCUUUGGAAAUAAAUACUCGUGAAUACUGAUUACUGCCAAAUAAA